AGUUCGUAAUUUGUUGCACAAAAUACGAAUUACUGCCAAUAGUUGAUUAGAUUUUAGCGAUUAUAUCUUGAGAACUAACGAUACGCAAUAUUAUAAUGGCUACAGAUUUAAGUGCUAGUUUUAAUGAACAAUACAUCAAUAUUAAUACGAAGCUGAAAAAGAGGUUCAUGCGUAAGCCAAAUAUAUCUGAGGCUACAAAUGAAUUCAUAGCUCUGGCGAUACAAUGUGAACACUUAGAGCAGCCAGCGUUUGCUGGUCAAACGUACAUUGGAGCGGCAAAGUGUGAAGCAUCAGCAGGAAAUUUCCUGGGAGAAGCUGAACAGUAUGUUGCCGCAGCUAGACAAUUUAUGAAAGCUGAAAAAAAACUAGCAGCCUUGAAAUUCUACAGUCCAGAUAGAGAGAACUUGGAGGCAGCUAUAGGUUGCUAUAUGCAAGCUCUAACCAAAUAUCCAGCAAAGUCUGCCAUCCGCACAUCAAUACUAUUAGAAUUGGCUAAUGAGCUCAUAGAACUGGACCAUAAACAUGAGGCCUUGGCGUAUUAUGAGCAAGCAGUUGAUAUAAUUGAAGACAGCACAAUGAAAUUAAUGUGCAUGAGGAAUUUAGUGAACUUACUCAUCAAGUGUGGAAAAUAUGAUAUAGCACUGGAGACUGCAAACAAAGUUUGCGAUUCUAAUAUUUACAUCCCUGAUGGUAUUUUGACAGAGCUACAAGUCAGCAGAGUUCUUUUGGUCCUUUUAGUGGAUCCUGACAAAGAUACAAAAUCUGUAUCAUUAAAACAAAUGUUGGAUAAUUUGCUGUAUGAUGAAGAUAGUGAUGCCAUUCCAUUCAACAUUGAUUUAAGGUUAAAACUACAGUCUAUUAUUAUCUCCAGCAGCUGUAUGGAUCAACAAUCUCUGAUUAGUAUAGCUUCUGACAUUAAACCAUAUUUUACCAUGGAACAGAGAGAGUUGCUGGAAACUAUUAUUGAAAAGAAGUCUGAAUGAUAAUGCAAAGCAGAUGUUUCUCUUAUUGUAAUAAAUAAUAAUGUUGCAUAAGAUCUUAUAAUUUGCAACUACUACUUUGAUUCUUUAAAGUAUUGUUUAUUGUUGUUUUUCAUAUACUA